AUGUUUGAAGUACCGAUAGUUUCACGCUCCCACUCUUGCUUUGAAAAAUUAACCUCAUCUCCUCUAGCUGAUAUAUUUGAGAGAGAUUUAGUUAGAGGGGUUAAAAGGGGAUUAUUUCAACCCCUAGCCUGUCGAGCUUCAGCUUCGCACUUCCUGUGGCAUAGGUAAUGAAGCCAGCAACGCCUUUUUCUGUCGACGUCACCCAAAAUGGUGACGUCGACAUCUUUUGGGGGAGACUGACCCGAAACUUGCUUGGCUAAAGUUUGUGCAGAGGACUCUCUUAACCCCUGAUAGUGCUCAGAGUAUUAGGAAAUCGUCCUAUGUCUCCUUCUGGAACUACCCUUGCCAUUUUCAGAUACAAUAAUUGGCAUUGAGCCAUCGGUUUCUUGUCUGUGGGUCGGGGAGAGGCCCAGUCAGCCCAAGCCAUCUCCCACCCCGGAAAUUGCCACCAGGACUCCGUGGGCCAUCAGGGCCGCGGUUUUUAGGCAACCUCUGAUUUUGGUUUUUUUCUUUUUUCUGUCACGCUCUGUAAUUGCCACCAAUUGCAGUAAAUAGCAAUUUCUGAUAUAUUAGAAGAAAUCGAAGAAAGCGAGUGCCAACCAAAAGAAGAGCAAACCUUAAUAAAAAAUUUAUUGCGAGAAAAAGAAGAAGAUGCCCAUUUAAUCAAAAUGCUCAAAGAAUACUCUUUUUCGUUGCAAAAGAAAAUAGACAGCCUGGAAGGGGUUGUCAAAGUCCUAAAAAGUGAAUGUGAAUCAUUGAAAAAUGUGUUGAACGAGAAUGAUAACAGCCAAAAUGCUGAAUCAGUUGGGCUCUUUGCCAAAGCAAUUGAAGCGAAGAACAGAAAAGAAAGCUUUUCAAGCAAUACUUGCAGUGAAAAUAAUAUUUAA